CACACCCUCUUCAGUGACUCCACUUGAACUAUUCUGCUUCCAACGAUGUUCUCCUUCACCAAUAUGCUCGCUGUGGCCUCCGUUGCCCUCUUCUCGCUUGCUCCUGCGAGUGCUGUUCCCACGGGAAACGGCACUCUCCUCGAGAAACGAAGCUACAGCGGUGACGGAACGUACUACAAUACAGGUUUGGGGGCCUGCGGCGUGACAAACGUCGACACGGACUACAUCAUCGCCGUUUCCGUUGAUCUCUACAACUCCUACCCCGGCGCGACGGCUAACCCCAACCUCAACCCCAUCUGUGGAAGGCUCAUCACCGCCACCUACAACGGAAGGAGCGUCACCGCCGCCGUCAAGGACAAAUGCUACGCCUGCGCGGAAUACGACCUCGACUUCUCCCCCGCCGCCUUCACGCAGCUCGCUGCCGAGUCGGUCGGCCGCAUUCCCAUCACCUGGCAGUUCAUCGACUGAUCUGGCACCGAGCCAGCGCUCAGAAACAAUCACCUUCUCCGACUUAUUUAUGUGAUCC